UUAACUAAAACCGACUCGUCGAACUGCUUCAUUGUGAACUGCUCAUCUAACCACAGCAUGUCUGCCCUAUGCUGCCGAUGCAAGACCGGGCUCUGUAGCGGGUGUGUGUGUGCCCAGGGGGGCACACCGUGUACAAAUUGCAAUAGCCAAAGAUGCGAAAACCAGGCCACUCCUAACCCACCAGCCCCACCUCUAAUGCUGGGCCCAAUGGCCCUGACUCUUAAUAUAUGCGUUCCCGCUAGUCUGUCCACAAUACCCCCUCCACCUAAGAGGAAACGUUCAACGGCAUCCAGCUCAGAAAUAUACUUGGGAGGCCUCCCUCCCCGAACCACGAAGGGGGAAAUAAGAAUUGCCCUCCAAUCCUUUGGAAAAACCAGCUCGGUGGACAUCCCUGGGCGAAGGGAAGGGAGGGGGUUUGCCUUCGCUAGGUUUUAUAAAAAAAGCUCUGCAAAAAUGGCGAUAGAAAAAAAAUGUAUAUUAAUUAAAGGACAAAGUGUGGAAAUAAAAAAAAAAGAGUAGUGACUGUAGUGUAUGUACUUGUGUAGAGUAAUUGUAUUUCUAAUUAGAGUCUUUGUGUGUAGUAUGUGUGUGAAUUGAUUUUAGCCAAAUCACUCAAAUGCUGUCUACAUUGUGUUGCAUGCACUGUACACAAUAUAUAGAACCUCUCACAAGAAGGUGCAUGAUCACCAUGAUGGCAAGUAGAUCCCCUCCAACCAGCUGGUUCAAUUGUGAACACCCACUCACUGACAUACACCACACUUGCCAGUAGCCACCUUUGACCCAAUAACGAACAACCCCUCCGAACUGGAUGAUGACUAAGCAUCAUGUCAGCUUUGGGAGUUCGGUUCUGCAAAUCGAUUCACUCUUCUUAACCUGAAGGCAUUGAGGUGCAUGUGUGCUGUCCUGCCGAUAUUUCAGGUAUAGUCAAUGGAUGUAUAGUUAUUGGUAUUUCGGAGCCAGUCAUGCACGCUCAUUGCAGGGACGACUCAGUCCCUAGUAGUACCGAGCAUAUUCAGUGAGGCCUUGUUAGAUUUGUAUAUCAGUAUUUAUUAUGAC